CUCGGAGGACAUCUUCUAGAAGAACUGCUGCUAUAGAGUUGAGUCCAGAGGACAAAGUACUGGAAAAUGAAGUUACAACAUCUUAAUCAGUGACAGGUUUAGCAGUAUGGGGAAUUCGUCAGCCAAGAGACAACCUGUGAGGAUUUUGGUAUUGGGAUUGUACGACUCAGGGAAAACCAGCAUUCUACACUACUCAAAACUUGGAGAAGUUGUAACAACAACACCUAUGAUUGGCUUUACUGUCGAAACUUUGAUAAACAAGCGGUUAAUUUUGACUGGGUGGGAUGUAGGGGGUCGAGAUAAAAUUCGUCCCUUGUACAGACAUUAUUAUUCAAAUAAUGACGCCUUGAUUUUUGUUGUGGAUAGUAGUGAUGAAGAUGAACUUGAAAGAGCUAAAGAGGAAUUAAUGAGACAUUUGUCUGAGACCGAGUUGCAGAAUAUGCCACUAGCCAUUGCCUUUCACAAAUGGGAUAAACAUAAGCACAUGACAAUCUCAAAGAUGCAAGAUGCAUUUGGAGUGUCAGGAAUCAGGAAAAGUAGACCUUGUGAAGCAUUCGCGACGUCAGUGAUUUGUGAUGAUGGAAUGGAACUUAAGCGAAUGUUAUACUGGGUCUAUGAGGUCGUCAGAGAAAGGCAGGACUCCGUCAAACAGACUCAGUCUAAUGAGGCUCACUCUCUAGACUUCGUGGAACGCGCUCUAACGAAAUUCAAAACUCUACUAUUUAAUUAAUUUGUGUAGAUAUCAGAUAUUCAGACGCUUGGAGAAAAAGUAUUGAGGAUAAUUCUCGGAUAAAUUACAGGGCUCUAACAAUUUUUGUGUGUAGUUUUAAUCAUGAUCUUCUAAACACAAAAGGCAGCAACAUGGUUUUUGGAUGCUGAAAAAACAUUAAUACAGCGUGAAAGUAUAAACAUUUCAUCUAGCUUAUAUCGAAUAUACUAAGAUAUUUUUCAAUAAUAGAAACAAUAGUUAAAUAUUAUGUGAAAUAAAGCAAUAUACCCAACCUUUCAUCAAAAAGUGCGGGUGACAAACAUUCACAAAAUUAAUGGUGUUGAUAUGUA